UAUAUAGUCAUUGACAUAGUCGUCCACCCGGUGGUUGUUAGGUGAGGGGCACUCGCGGAGGGUAGCCGCUGUGUGGAAGCAUUCACUAUGAGCAAUAUUUACAUCCAGGAACCGCCGACCAACGGCAAGGUUUUAUUGAAAACAACAGCUGGAGAUAUUGACAUUGAAUUAUGGUCAAAAGAAGCUCCCAAAGCAUGUCGGAACUUUAUUCAGCUUUGUAUGGAAGGCUAUUAUGACAGCACCAUAUUUCAUAGAGUUGUACCUGAAUUUAUAGUACAAGGUGGUGAUCCUACUGGUACUGGCUCAGGUGGAGAAUCUGUCUAUGGAGCCCCUUUCAAGGAUGAAUUCCAUUCACGAUUGCGUUUUAAUCGACGAGGACUGGUUGCCAUGGCAAAUUCCGGGCCUCAUGAUAAUGGCAGCCAGUUCUUCUUUACUUUGGGUCGUGCAGAUGAACUUAACAACAAACAUACUAUCUUUGGAAAGAUCACUGGAGAUACUAUAUAUAACAUGUUACGACUUUCAGAAGUUGAAAUUGGCAUGGAUGAAAGACCAACCAAUCCAUAUAAAAUAACAAGUACAGAGGUUUUAUUUAAUCCUUUUGAUGAUAUAAUUCCAAGGACCAGCAAAAAGAUGAAGAAUGAGAAACUAAUGGAAGAAGUUGAGAAGCCAAAAUCAAAGGGCACAAAAAAUUUUAGCCUGCUUUCAUUUGGAGAAGAAGCUGAAGAGGAAGAAGUAGAAGUCAACAGACUUAGUCAGAGCAUGAAAGGAAAAAGCAAAAGCAGUCAUGAUUUACUGAAAGAUGAUCCACAUCUGAGUUCCAUUCCUGCCAUUGAAAGUGAAAAAGCAAAUGAAAGUGAUAAUUCAGAUGAGGAAGAAGAGGAUGGAUAUUGUGGUGAAGAUGAUGGUCUUGAUAGUGAAGAAAAGUAUCAAAUGAAAAAACGAAUUAUGCAGAAGUUAAAGAAAAAUACUGAUGUACCUGUUAAAAAAGUAACUGAAGAAGAGCAAACGCAGAAGAAGAGUAGCCGUAGUGAGGAGCUACGGAAGGAAGUUCGCCAGCUGAAACGUGAACUAAUAAAGGCAAAGCAAAAGAAAGAAGAAAAUCCCUCCAAAGUGAAAGAGAAUCAGUUUGAAGAAGAGGAGGCUGCUCCAAACAGCAUUGUUGCAGAAUAUCUUGAAGAAAAGAAGAAAUAUGAACAGUUGAGGAAGCAACAGCCAAAGAAAGGAACUUCUCGUGAAGAUCAAACAUUGGCCUUACUGGAUCGAUUCAAAUCAAAGCUAAACCAGGCAAUAGCAGAAACUCCUGAAAAUGAAGUACCUGAACCCGAAGUGGAGAAUGAUGAAGGAUGGAUGUCACAUGUGCUCCAUUUUGAGGAUAAAACCAGAAAAGUAAAAGAUGCAAGUGUGCAAGAUGAAGACACAUUUGAAAUUUACGAUCCUCGGAACCCUGUUAAUAAGAGGAGAAGGGAGGAAAGCAAAAAGAUCCUGAGAGAAAAAAAGACAAGGAGAUGAAAUGAGUGGUAAAGCUCGCCAGAUCCAACUUAAAAAAGGAAGCACAAAUGUUCUGGCUCUGGAGAAGCUGGCGUCCCAAAAUAUAUCACUUACAAGGUGUGAAAAGGAAUCCGGGGUCUAAUUUGGAAGCAGUGCUAUCGCCUUUGUUUUGUGAAUUCUGAUGUAAAAUAAGCAGGUCUUCUCAGCAAAGUCCUUGGAAACUAUUUUUAGUCAUUAUUGUUAAUAAAUAGUUCAUUUCCAUACUCUGUUCCUUUUUUAUGUAUUUGCAUUGUUAAAUAGAGGAUUUUAUAUUGAUAAUCUUCUCAGAACACCAGAAACUUGUUCCAGAAUAUAGAACAAAAGGAUUUGACAUUACUGAAAGAGAAUGUGAUCACUCCUUCUAAUGACAAACUCAGACAAUUAGUGCUGGUAGAAUUGGAGACUCGGCUGGGCCACAGAGAAGCAUGUGAGAGUAUCCUCAGGAAUACUGAGGAAUGCUCAGGAAAACUCAAGAUUGGAGAAUAAUAGGGACGACAAAAACCUUCAUGGAUGUGAUAGAUAAUAAAACAAAAGCAAAACAACAACAACGCAGGAUGAUAAAAGAUUGGGCAUGCUAUUUUGUCAGAGCUUUGUGGAAGAAGUGUAGGAGAGAGUAGAAUGGCCAGUUCUCAUUAGAGCAACUUGUAAAGGAUGUUGGAACUCACAUUUUGUAAGUGCAAGUUCAUUUGCCACUAUGUUAUUUCUUAAUGCCAAACAUAAUCUUUAGUACAGUACAGUGUGUGAAAAAGGUUCACAAUCUUGAUUUACAUCUGUCCUCUCAAACAUUUGGGAUCAAUUGCUUACCCUUUGAUCUUAAUCACUUUGGAAGUAAAAUUCAUCAAUAAUAAUAAAUUUCUAUACUAA